AUGAUCGUGGAUCUAGGCCGCCUUUCCGAAGACCCAGUUCUUCUCGACAAGGAGCGCACCUUCGAGUCAAACACAGAGACUCGCAUGAGGGAUGCGUUUCUAUACCUGAGAAAUUCUUGCGAAGAAAAUUGCCGGAAGUUGAGCAAUCGCAGGCAAAGGUCUCAAAAUCUUGUUGAGUUGCUCUAUAAUCUCACUGCCGCACGCGAUGGUCUUACUUCGCUUGAAAUUGCUCGGAAAAAUACCGACAUUGCGAGAGACACAAAGAAGGACAGCGAAUCAAUGAAGACUAUUGCAAUCCUAACAAUGCUUUAUCUUCCAGCUUCCUUGGUCUGUAGCUUCUUUGGGUCCAACUUUUUCGCAUUUCAAACAAAUGAUAACGGUCACCAAGAACUUUUGUCAAGAAUUACGAAGCGAGUCCAAGGAGCCACAAAAGUUCUGCUGCGCUCUCACUGCCAAACUCUUCACUGA